UAUCUUUCAUACAAACCGCAACAUCUUUAAAUCUAUCAGACUAUUUGCAGCGAUCGCAUUUUGUCCCCAGGUGUGGUACGCCAAGGAUAACAAUUAACAACAUAUAAUUGCAAAUAUUACAAAAUAAGAUGCCGGUACCUACUCAGACAGCUUUCACAGCGCAGACAAAUUGGAAUCACAUAGAGAAAUGGGACUGUUCUGCUUACCAACGUGUCUGCAGUAAAAAGGAUGACGUCACUACUGACCUCUUUUCACGACAAAGAAGCAUGACGUUACAUACAUUGAAGUUUGUUCCACAUUUUCAAGUGGACCAACAAGUUUCAACAUCACUGCAAGUUUACCUUCAAAUUGUCGCUGAGAACAUGAAUAAGAACUCGAUCAAAGUGGUCGGCAUUAACAACAGUCAUCUAAACAGUUCUGUGUUCCAUGAAAUGAAGAAAAUUGGUUCUUAUUUGCAUGGAAUUAAAGUUCUUUACGAAGAAUUCAAUGAAUCAGAUCUCAACUCCUCAAUAAAUGGUAUUGGCAGGUUUCUUAAGAAUGCUGACCUUGCUAUCGUCCGUAAUUUGUCCACUGAUGAAAAUAUGUGUCAACUGCUACACUUCACGGUUCAACGAAACUGCUUCAUAGUGAGCGAAGAGGACAAUCUGUUCGGUGGUCGAACCCGUCCGAAGUCAUUGUAUCAUACUGUCUGUGCUCAUACUAAUGCGCACACACGGCUGGACCUGGUGCGUUGGCGUCCGACCAUGGAAGCAAUGCCUACGACUGCUAUCACAGUGCCCCAAAACCUCGAUCUCUCUCUUCUCUCUGUUGCACGAGCAAACAUCCCAUCACAACAUCGUCUCCUCAUAGUAUGUCCCCACCCAGCCCCUCACAGCCUCAAAAGGCACAUCCAAAAUUGGAGAAAGGACGCGGAACGUAACAACGUGUAUUUAUUAACUGUCAAUAAAAAAGAAGAAAACAAUUUCUUUAUAGACGACCUACCGGACAUCGAUUUGGCUUUUACCGUUUUUGAUCACGGUAACUGGGGUGGAGAAUAUUAUGUACCAGUGCAGGAUAAUGCGAGAGUGUUCAGUAAUGUGACGUUACAAAGUACACAAGUAGGAGAUGUCAGUUCCUUGGAGUGGGUCCCCGCAUCCAACUCGUUUGAAACUGGAAUUCCCGUAACCGUUCACUACGCUGGUUUAACCAGCACUGAUUACAAAAAAGCUGCUGGAGCCAAAUCCGCAAAACAUAAAAAAGAAAACAGUUAUGGCAUGGAUUUUAGUGGAGUAACUGAGAGCGGUGAGCGCGUGAUGGGUCUGGUCCCGCACGGCGCGGCGAGCAGCGUGGUGCACGCGCGGCCGGAGCUGCUGUGGCCGGUGCCCGCGCACUGGACGCUCGAGGACGCCGCCACCGUGCCGCUCGCAUACGCACAUGCACUCUACUGCUUGGGCAUUAAAAAGUCAGCAGAUUUAUCACCUGAAACAACUGUGUUUGUGCACAGAGGAGACGGGACCUUUGGCCAAGCAGCUAUAUCCAUCGCGCUCGGACACGGCUGUCGAGUAUACACGACAGUCACUCACAGGAGAAACAAGUAUUUCUUAAUGAAGCUGUUCCCGGAAUUACAAGCCGACCACAUCGGCAGUUUAAGAGACCGUAAUUUCAUAAAUACGGUCUUGAACGACACCAAAGGAAACGGCUGUGAUAUUGUACUGAGUUGCGUUAAAGGAGAUAUGAGAAAAACUUCAAUACUUUGUUGUGGAAUGGAUGACAUUUGCUUGGACUUUUCUCAACUCCACAACCCUAAUGAAGACAAUACUUGCGCAGUAUUCAAUCUCAAGAGGACGAGGUCUUAUUCUGUGAUUGAUUUCACAUCAAUGCUUGCCAAUGAUAAUACUGUAGAGAAGAAGGUGUUACAACAAAUGUUGAGCGAAGGUAUACACAAGGGCUACGUGCGCCCGUCGCCGCGCGUGUCGUACGCCCCGCACGACGUGUCGCGCGCGGUCCGCCAGCUGGCAGGCGGCAGGCGGCGCGCCUGUGUACUAUUGAAAAUGCAAGAACCAACACUUCAAACACAGCUCAGACUUUCAUGUAACCCACAUCGAAGUCAACUCAUAAUUUUAAGUGAAGAACGACUUGGACUUGAAUUAGUUGACAUGCUGGUGGCACGAGGUGCUAGGAGACUGCAUAUUCACACGAAAACUCACACGUCUGCAACGUUCCAAUUCAAACUAAGGAUGUUGGAGAAGAUGGGUGUUGAAGUUCAAACAUCAUCAGAUAACUUGGAACAUGAGAGUGAUGUAGUGUUACUACUUACUGACGCUGUCAGCAUGGGUCCGGUACAGAGUAUAUACGUGGUCACCAAUGAUGAUGACAAGUUCGAAGAAAGAGUUCUGGCUCAUCUAGAUACAGUGUCCAGGACAUUUUGCCGUAACUUGAGAUAUUUUGCCUUCAUCAAUAUUGGGAAGACAGUGUAUGGAAGGGAAACAUAUUCAAAACGCUAUCAAUAUAAGUUACCAGCCAAAACAAUAUCUCUGCCUUAUGCUAUUAAUGAUAUAACUGUUAACGAUGCAAUGGGUGCUUUGGAAGCUGCACUAUGUAGUGAUCACACAGUGAUUGUAGCUCAUGAAGAAGAAUUACACUACCGCAAUGAAGUGGAAAAGAAAGUUGCAGAAUUGAAAUAUGCGCCUUUGACAAAGAGUAAAUCAAACGCGACUACAUUACAAGAAGUAAGAAUCCGAGACGGAAUACAAAUGCAUGAGGAAGUCAAAGGUCUGGGGACAUACUUUUCGUUCGUGGAUACAGACGAAGUACAACAAUCUUCAAAUAUUGUAACAAUGUCAGCAACGUUCGGCGGUGAUUACUUGUGUGCAGAAGAAUGCGACUCCAGCUGGACGUAUAUCUGCAGUAUAUGCCAGCCAUAAAAGAAGUUGCUCCUGCUGUGGAUAAAUGGCGCAAUAGUAAAGCACUACUGGGUCGCACUCUCAUAUUAUAGGUACAUAAUUAACUACACCGUACAUUGAUUAUUAUCAUCAAUCCUCAUUACAGGGACCAAUUAAUUGUAUUAUUGUUGUUUCACAUAGUAUCUUCUACAGUCUUCCAAAUGGUUCGAAUAAAAUUUAUUUUGAAAAUCGAUUUUUACUUUAUUAUAAACUAAUUUUCACAAACUUCGAACGCAACGAAUUGGAACUAGCCUCCUUAUUUGAUAAUAACAAAUGAUAAUCAUGAAAAUGUCUUUCUAACGACAAGCGUCGAUAUUGGUCGGUAGGUACAUUUCCCAUACAUGUUUGCCCGUCAUCCUUCCUCCAUGCAUCAUACAGAUUGUUCUUCAAAUGGUAUUUUCAUUAGGUACUAUAACUUGUAUCUUCUGUUAUGUUUUGAAGCAAAUUGUUAUUUUCUGAAGAUUUACUGGAGUAUCCAGAGAUAGUUAUCUUCUAAAGUUUUGAAUCUCUUGCUUUUUUUUAAAUAACUUUUUGCAAGUUGUUUCGUUCCGGACUAAGGCCGGAAAUAAAUCUUUGGCAGCGGCAGUAGCAGUAGUUUUAGUAGUGGGAGUAGUAGAAGAAGUAGUAGCAUUAGCGACGGUGGGAGUAGUACUAGGCUUGUCAUAGAAUGAUGAUGUCGUUGUUUCCGUUUCCGAUUUCUUCGAUGCUUGCGUCGCUCACGACGAUGCUUGCGUCUUUUCAUUCGGUUUCGUUUUUUAAUUUGAUGCAUAACUUUUUUUUUGCAGAACACACGUCAUUGACAUGAUGUCCAUGAUAAAAUACACUCUCCGUCCUAUCACGGUCAGGUUCAUUGCUACUAUCUGAAAAUGCUCUUUGUCUAAAACGAUGAUUUAUUUAUUUAUCAUUAUACACACAUAGGCACAUCUUACAUCUAUCAUUACAGGUUUAACCUAAUGUGAUAGAGAAGCUAGCAAUAUCCUUAAACGAAAUAUAAAUAUAAGCAAUAGUUAAUAAGAAAUGUCACCAAAUAUUAUUAUGCUAUAUAUUAUUAUGCUUCGGGUAACAUCUUCCGUGUAAUAUAAUAUCUUUUUACCUGGUUUAUUUUAGAAAACUACCACACACUAGUAUUUUUAUCUUGGGUUCGUUUA